AUGGCUGGGCCCGGCCUCUGGACGAGCAUAAAGUCCCUGCUACGGCGGAGCGAGGACCCCUUGUUCCUGAACGACUCCAGUGCCUUUGACUUCUCGGACGAGGUGGGGGACGACGACUUCCCCAGGUUUAACAAGCUGCGAGUGGUGGUGUCGGACGACGCUUCGGAGGCGGCCCCGGAGACGCCGGUGAACGGGUCGGGCCCGGGCCUGCCGUCCGACGACGAGUCCCUGCUGGACCGGGACGUGGCUCUGCGCAACUGCCGGCCCGGCCGGCCCGACACCUGCACCAGCUGCAGCGGUCGGCGGGAGCGCUCCAAGCAGAGGACGGUGAAGAAGCGGCUGGCGCUUGCUGCCCUCCUUUACCUCCUCUUCAUGACCGGGGAGCUCAUAGGUGGAUAUGUUGCUAACAGUCUAGCAAUUAUGACAGAUGCACUUCAUAUGUUAACAGACCUUAGCGGUAUUAUUUUGACCCUGCUUGCUCUCUGGCUGUCUGCAAAAUCUCCCACAAAGAGAUUCACUUUUGGAUUUCAUCGCUUAGAAGUAUUGUCAGCCAUCAUUAGUGUAUUGCUGGUCUAUAUCCUUAUGGCAUUCCUCUUGUAUGAAGCUGUUCAAAGAACUAUCCAUAUGGACUAUGAAAUAAAUGGCGAUAUCAUGCUAAUUACAGCAGCUGUCGGUGUUGCAGUUAACUUAAUAAUGGGUUUUUUGCUGAAUCAGUCUGGUCACCUUCACUCCCACUCCCACUCCCACGCUCACUCUCAUGUACCUCAGUCAAACUCUCCUACCAGAGCCCACAGCAGCAGCCAUGGGCACAGCAGCCUUGCCGUGAGGGCAGCAUUUGUACAUGCACUUGGGGACCUGGUGCAAAGCAUUGGUGUGCUUGUAGCUGCGUACAUCAUACGCUUUAAGCCAGAAUACAAGAUUGCUGAUCCUAUAUGUACAUACAUAUUCUCCAUACUGGUGGUUUUGACAACAGUUCGAAUUCUGUGUGAUACAGGAGUCAUUAUUCUGGAAGGAGUUCCAAGGCAUUUAAAUGUGGAUCGCAUUAAGGAAGACUUGAUGAAAAUUGAAGACGUUUAUUCUAUAGAAGAUUUAAAUGUUUGGUCUCUCACUGCAGGAAAAACAGCUGCCAUAGUCCACUUGCAACUAGUUCCUGGUAGUUCAUCUAAAUGGGAGGAAGUUCAGUCCAAGGCCCGGCAACUGCUGCUGAACACAUUUGGAAUGUACAAGUGCUCUGUCCAGCUUCAGAGUUACAAACAGGAAAUGAGCAAAACCUGCGCAAGUUGUCAGAGUUCCAGUGCCUAAUUUCGUAUGUUUUGGGAACUGCUGCCUUAUUCUUUAUCUUGUAGUCAAAGACUGAGAGCAAUAAAUGCAAAAUGAAAAUGAUUGAAUAGAAACCAUUAAUAUGUGGAUUUGUACCAUUUAACAUGCAGCAGGG